CAAUUUUCUCUCAUUCACACUCUUUUUGGCAUUCUCCCAAAAGACAAAAAGAUAAAACCAAAAAAAAAGAGGAAAAAAAAAAAAGAAAGGCAAAAACAAAAAACAAAAUCAAUGUGGACGGUGAGAUUCAAAGGCUGCUGCUUGGUGACUCCUGCAUCGCCAACAUGGUUAGGUUCUUUAGCUCUAUCAGAAUGGGAUCAAAUCGGAACCAUAACCCACGUUCCAACCAUCUACUUCUACCGACCUUCGCCGAACUGGUCAUCAUCAACUUCCGACUCCAUAGCCAACACCCUCAAGGAAUCGUUGAGCCGAGCACUUGUACCUUUCCAUCCACUGGCUGGCCGUCUGCGGUGGAUAGGCGCAGGCCGGCUCGAGCUCGAUUGCAACGCCAUUGGAGUUCAGUUCAUCGAAGCCCAGACCGAAUCAAAACUCGACGACUUCGGCGACUUCACUCCUUCUCCUAAAUAUGACAACUUCAUUCCCAUGGUGGAUUAUAGUCUUCCCAUUCAUGAGCUUCCAUUGCUGCUGGUUCAGCUCACUAGGUUUUCAUGUGGAGGAAUCUGUCUCAGCUUGAACAUAUCACAUGCUGUCGUUGACGGCCAAAGCGCUUUGCAUUUUAUCUCUGAGUGGGCUCGGCUCGCCCGCGGAUACCCAUUGGAGACUGUUCCAUUUCUUGAUCGGAAAGUCUUGCGAGCCGGAGAACCUCCGGUCGCACUUCCGCGGCUCGGACACUCAGAGUUCGAUCAUCCGCCGCUGUUGAUUGGGCAAUUGGAUACUGUGGAGGAGAGGAAGAAGCCGACUACUGUGUCCAUUUUGAAGAUUCCGAAAUACGUAGUCGAGAAGCUGAAGGAGAUGGCGAACGAUGGCCUGGAUAGCCGUCACCGAGCUUAUACACGUUAUGAAACCUUGACAGGUUACGUAUGGAGAUGUGCAUGCAAAGCUCGGAAACAUAAGAACGAGCAGCCUACGGCGUUGGGCGUCUGCAUCGAUUCGCGCAGACGCAUGCAACCGCCGUUGCCGGAGGGUUACUUUGGCAAUGCCACUCUCGACGUGAUAGCGAUGAGCACGGCCGGCGAGUUGGUUUCGAAGCCAUUGCGUUUUGCAGCGAGCAAGAUAAGGGAAGCCAUCGAGAAGGUGACGGAUGAGUACGUAUGGUCGGCCAUCGAUUACUUGAAGAAUCAACCGGACCUCACGAGGUUUCAAGACCUACAUGCACUAGGGAGUGACCAGGGUCCUUUCUAUGGAAACCCUAAUCUUGGAGUCGUCAGCUGGUUGACCUUGCCCAUGUACGGACUCGAUUUCGGAUGGGGAAAGGAAAUAUAUAUGGGACCCGGAACGCAUGAUUUUGAUGGGGACUCGUUGAUCCUUAAAGAUCCUAAUGAAGAAGGAGGUUUGCUUCUGGCUUUGUGUUUUCAAGUGGAACAUAUGGAAGCUUUCAAGGCGCACUUCUAUAAAGACAUUAUAUAUUAAUUAUGUUAAGACAUAAAUUGAUGAUGCUAAGUAAGAAGGGCUGGCUACCUAUAUAUAAUUUAACUGAAAAUAAUGGUAAUUAUAUAAUUUGUGAAAAAUUGUUAGGUUGCUGAUAUUGGUCUAUAUAUAUAUUUGUAUAAUAAGUUGAUCUAUGAUUAUUUGUUUAUGUACUAUUGAGGAACAUGUUAUGUUAAUUUCCACCAAAAUGAAGGAACACGUUAUG